AUGAGUAUCAUCUCCUUCAAGAAAGAAGUUACCGGCGAGAUCGCUCCCACUUCUCUUACCAAUCCAGAAGGCCCAGUCUUCGAUAUCCUCAAUUGCGGUAAGUUCCACCUUCCUUGCAAGGGUGCUGACACGGUCGUCCAGCUUCUUGCUCAUUUCGAAGCUCAAUCAUUGCAUCUCACCCACAACAUUUUGUGGUCGCAAGCUGUCUCGCACGAGGAUGGCGGUCCCAAGGGAGCACCAAUCGACGUCUUGGCAGAACCUAAAAGCUCCGCAGCCUUGUUGACCGAUGUAGAGCUUUACAUGUCUCUGCAAGGCCUUGAGUGGGUCGUAGGCAACUUGGAGGUACGUGUAAUUCCAUCACGCGGAAUGUGCGGCGGUCAAACUUCAUGGGCACCAGUGCGAGCGUUCCAUCCGGUUACGGGCCUGCCAGGACGCGGCUCCACCAUCGACGUCUGCGCCGACAACCUCGAUAAGAUCAAUGAAGCUUUCGAAACCGACAACGUCAUGGCCCAGCAAUACUGGAUGUUCAACUUGGCUCGUCUCUUCUUCCACGAAUUGGGACACGCAUUCACCUUUGCUGCGCUGGACACCGAUCUCAGAGGGCAUUGCUUCCUCGGUGACGCGAAGACUACUGAGAUGGGCUUCGAGCUGGAGCAGAGAUUGUUCGGCGGCAUCAUCGACGAUCAUGGUAUAGGAUCAACCUCUGGCCCCAACCCCAAGGACCGUCUUGAACAUUUAACCACGCUAGCUGAGUACCCCUGUGCUCAGAUCAGCGACCAAUACCACGACACGUGCUAUUCGAGAGGUAAGCCAUGUGAUCGUAUCGCUCCACAGUGGGAAGUACCCUUCACCUACAUCAACCGCAUGUUCCAGGAUGAGUUCUGGCACAAUCUGCCUUCGACUGGUCCGGAAGCUUCUUUGAAGUUCAAGCCAACUCUUGGGUGCAUGCUCAAGGUCUGGCCUUAUGUUCCAGAGAAGGGAACCACUCUGUCGUACGUGAACCCCAGAGCUCCUGGUGUUUUGCCGUUUGUGCCCUCGGGCUUCAAGCCUGAUCCCAACGGUGGUUACAUCCGGCGAGUCGAGGCGGAGGCGGAAGUCGAGGCGGAAGUCGAAGCAGAAGUCGAAGCGGAAGUCGAAGCGGCGCCCGAAGCGGCACCCGGACUUCUAAGUAAGUUUCUGGGGGCUGUUGUCGGCACCAUUCGAAGGUAA